ACUAGAACUGAUCAAAAGGAAAGCUAGCCGGAGCCGAAACACACUGUGCCAGGCUGACUAGCAGCCAUUAUACCCUGGCAUCCUGUGGCCACCAUAGAGAGGAGAUUUCUCCCUGAGACACCAGGGGACCCAUUUUCAGAAUUCAGGCAUUUGCAGAGGUGGCUCAGCCGAUGGGGAGAGCAGAGGCAAAGAAGGGGGAAGUAACCCAGCCAAGGUCAUCCAGGGAGCAGCCAGCGGCAGAGCUGGGAGGAGAACCCAGCUUCCCCAUUACCUCCACUCCCCCCACAACGAGCCCACAUCACCGCUGGAUGGGAUUGCACAGUGCAAUAUUCGCAGGCACGAAGCCUUCAGCGCGCCGGAGACUCGACUAGUGCAGAGCACUGCCGCACAUCCCCCCAACAACACCGGCUGCCGUGAGCCCAUGGGCCCUGCCCUCUGCCCUCUGCACUGGCUUCCACAGAAUACCCAGUUUAGGCCAAGGACUUUGUCCUAAUGGUCAGGGCACUCUGCGGCCUGAGCCCUGCAUAGCUAAAAGAGCCUAAAGCGCCGGGACAAAGGCGCUGGUUGAAAAUUCACCCCUCUGGCACAGCAGAGCCCUCACUAAUAAGGGAAAAGCUCAUGGGGGGGCUUCUUUGGGGAGCUGCCAGAGACGGUGGCAUGAACUCCCCCAUGAACCAAGGCCCAUCCCAAAUGCCUCACCUGCUGCUCCAAGGACAGGCCCAUUGCUUUGACCUGCCUUUUCCAAAAUAAACAGAGUAACCUGUAUAACAUGAAUAUGAAACAAACCAACAAACUCCAAAAGGAGUCCCUGGCCUGCAUGCAGCCCUCUGCCCCAGGGCAGGCCGAGAGCCAACAGGUGCCUCAGGCACGGGAGCCGGUGUGAGUCCUUGCAGGGAGCAGGCCAAAGCGGCAUGGCUGGGCGGGUGGAGCUCUCAGAGGAAGGGGAGCGGUUCUGAUUUUUAUUCAGAGCUUCCACAGAAAACUUUGCCCAGACUGGGCUGAGCCCUGCCAAGCACUUGCUCUCGCCCUGGCCUCAGGGUAGGGACUUUCUCAGAGCCCUUGAAGAGGAGGUUCCUGAGACCUCCCCCCGGCCUUUGCAGCUGCUGCUAGAGGGCCUGGCUCCCAGGCCAGUGCUGUUCCCACCCCCAGCCCGGGCAGGGGGCUGUCUCCAGGAUGCACACAGCCUCUUUCACUUUCGUUUCUGCCUGCUGAGAGUUUGCUAACAUCUUCCCUCUUUGAUAAGCACUUUGCUGGCAGGUUUCACAAGCAGAAGCACUGGCCAGGAGCUGCUGAGCCAGGCCGCCCCACAGGACAGGACAGAAGAAGGUCUGGGGGCGAGCAGCGGAGCCAGAGGAGAUGCCCAAGUUCACCUUUCGGGAGAGGAGGGAGUUUGGGGAUCAGUUUGUGCAGCUCCUAAAAGACACAGGCAGAGAAGCUGUGAGCAGCCGGGAGGCACUAAGGACCAUCUACAACCAGGAGUUCAGGACCAGGAAUGUUACGAAGACGCCCAACUUCUCCUCCAUCCUGUUCACCCUGGGCCAGAGCGGCCGGGCCGAGGUACGGGGAGACUUCGUGCGCUUCUGGAAGGUGAAAAAGAAAGUGAAGGUUACCAACCAGUACUGGACACCCAGGCCAGAGGAGCCCCCCACGGACAGCCAGGAGGCGGGCACCGAUCAGCCUCCCCGCAGAGGACGUGCCAAGGAGAGAGCGGAGUUCAUCGGUGGGAAACACAGGGUGGAGAUUCUCUCAGAGCACGACCGGGGGAACGGGCGCAUCCGCUUCCCCGUUACGCCCAACGAGGCCGCAACAGCCAGUAUUUGGGUUCAGAACAACGGCACCGAGGAUGUGACGCUGCUAGGAUACAGAGCGCUUCGGAAGCAGUGCGAGAUCACCUUCCACGAUGAGAGCCAGGUGACCAGACAGCAGCCCCGGGUGUUGCAGCCAGGGGACUCUUACUUGAUCGAGGCGCGGUGCCUGACUCAGUAUUAUGGUUACUUCCCCGUCACCGUGCUGUUCGAGUUCACCAAGGAGCAGGACGGGCCCUUCAGCAUCGGGCGAUUCGUCUCUGCCAUAGCCAACAGCCGGCUGGCUGAGCAGCUGGGGCCCACGGCACCAUACAGGCCUUACCAGGCCAACCUGAAGAAGACGGUCAUGGUCACCACAGAGGAUGGCGUCCCUCCCGACAGCUCCCAGCACCCCGAGCUCGAGCAGGUGAUCCCGCUGGACUUCUACAGCUACGCAAAGGACCUGAAGGACACGGUCAGCGCCGAGCGCAGCAGGCUGCAGGAGUCCCUGGCAGCCAAGCUUCAGUUUGAGAACUACCAGGAGAAGUUCCAGCUGCUGCUGCACCUGGAGGAGCUCCAGAUGGAGGUGGACAUCCGGCGCUAUGACAUGCAGGAUGCCCCGAUGGUGAAGGACACUCAGAACAAGAGGCUGCUCAUCCUGGAGGUCCCUGGCGUGGCAGAGAACCGCCCGUCCGUGCUGAAGGGCGAUCACCUGUUUGUCACCCCCAGCGACCAGCGCACCUUGCCCCAGCAUGUCCAGUACAAGGGCUACGUGCAUGCCGUGGAGCUGGAGAGGGUCAAGCUGGGCUUCUCCCCGAACCUGCUGAAGAGCUUCGUGAAUAACCUGAAGUUCGAUGUGAUCUUUACCUUCAACCGGCUGCCGCUGCGGGUGCAGCACCGGGCCGUGGAGCUGGCCAAGAAGAGGAACCUGGGUGACAUCCUCUUCCCAUCCUUCUCAUACGGAAAGUCCCUCCUCCCCGAGGGAGGCCGGCUCAGGCUGUUUGACCGGAGCCUGGAGACCAACCAGGAGCAGUGCGACGCUGUGCGGCAGAUCGUCACGGGGAUGGCCAGGCCGGCACCAUACCUCAUCUUUGGGCCGCCAGGGACCGGCAAGACCGUCACCAUGGUGGAGGCCAUCAAACAGGUGGUCAGCUGCCUGAAGGACUCCCAUAUCUUGGCCUGUGCACCCUCCAACAGCGCCUCGGACCUGCUGUGCCAGCGCCUGAUGAAACACCUGGACAAGGGCAGCAUCUAUAGGAUCAAUGCCAGCAGCAGGGACUAUCGCCAGGUGCCGGAGGAGAUCAAGCCCUGCUGUAACUGGGACGAUGCCCAGCAGUGCCAUGUGUACCCGAGCAAGGAGAAGCUGCAGCACUACCGGGUCAUCAUCACCACCCUGGUGACGGCAGGAAGGCUGGUAACCGCCAGCUUCCCUGAGGGCCAUUUCUCCCACGUCUUCAUCGACGAGUGUGGCCACGCGGUGGAGCCGGAGAGCCUGGUUGCCAUCGCAGGAAUUCUGACAGCGAUGGACCAGGAGACCAACACCAAGGCGGGGCAGCUGGUGUUGGCGGGAGAUCCCAAGCAGCUGGGUCCAAUCCUGAGGUCCCCAUUGGCCAUCGAACACGGGUUAGAGGUCUCGCUGCUGGAGAGGCUCAUGCUGCAGAACUCCCUCUACCAAAAGGGAGCCAAGAGCUACAACCCGCAGUUCGUCACCAAGUUACUGCGGAACUACAGGUCCCACGCCGCCCUCCUCCAGAUCCCCAACCAGCAGUUCUACGACGGGGAGCUGCAGGAGUGCGCCGACCGACUCCUCAGCUAUUCCUACUGCGCCUGGGAGGAGCUGCCUACGCAGGGCUUCCCGAUCAUCUUCCACGGAGUCUCCGGGGAGGACCAGCGAGAGGGUAACAGCCCCUCGUUCUUCAACACAUUGGAGGUCGAAACCCUGGUCACCUACCUCAAGAAACUGCUGCAGAGUCAGGGCAAGCAGGGCCGCUCCAGGAUCUCCCCCAAGGAGAUCGGUAUCAUCUCCCCCUACAGGAAGCAGGUAGAGAAGAUCAGACUAGCCAUCACGAAAAUAGACCAAGACCUGAUGAACCUCCCAGACAUCAAGGAGCUGAAGGUGGGCUCGGUGGAGGAGUUCCAGGGCCAGGAGCGGCGCGUGCUCCUCAUCUCCACCGUGCGCAGCUGCACCGAAUACCUCAGCAUGGAUGAAAAGUUCAAACUGGGCUUCCUCAAGAACCCCAAGAGGUUCAAUGUGGCCAUCACCAGAGCCAAGGCUCUGUUAAUAAUCGUGGGCAACCCGGCCGUGCUUAGCAAGGAUCCUCACUGGAACACGUUUCUCAGGUACUGCAUAGCGAAGGGUGGGUACACGGGGUGUCCCUACACUGAAGAGAGCACGGAAGAGGAUGCCCUGGUGGACGAGCUUAGCUCUCUCUGCUUGAGCACGCAGUCAGCAGGGAACCACAUCCAGCAGCAAGUGGAGCCAGCGUGGAGACACGAGCACUGAGACAUCACCUGCAGCUCGUCCUACUGCCAUGUCAGCACCAGCGGGGCGUCUCCUGCCUCGCUCUGCAACCUCCCGUCGCCCUCUGUCUGGUCCCCUCAGCCACCUCGCUUGCUGCCGGGGGCUUUCCAAGCACCCCGGGGCGGGGCAGCAGAGGGGAGCAGUGCAGGGAUUGAUCUGGGAGCGUAGACCCGACUCUACCCCCUAUCCCAACGCCCCCCUCUCACAUGGACCCAGCCCCGACUCCUACCCAUUAGCCUGGUCGAUGUAGGAUCUGGGCCCAGCCCUGAGGCCUGGUCGCUAACCUGAGCCAGUGCGAUUCUGUAAACUCUUGGAAGCACAAGGGCAGCUGGACUCGGAAACUGGUCUGCUUGGCCGUGUGAGGAGUUUGUUUGCACCCUCUCCCCCCUGUCCCCUCUCUGGCCGCUGUCAGGACGGGGAGCUGCAGCAGGAAGCCCUGGCUGUUUGCCGACAUUGCCGCACAAUGGCUUAAACAACGAUUUCACGUCCAAUUUUUGAAAAAUGACACUUUAAAAAAAAAAAUCCCACCCGUGGCUAACCUGACCGGCCUGAACUGGCACUGCAGAAACCCAGCGCCUCCUCUGGGGCUCACCUUUUCCACACAUGGAAACCUGUUUUUGAAAAUCAAAUCAUUGCAAUAAAAUUCCCAGCUACUGGUCAACCGAACCCUCUCCUCUGAGCUGGAGCCGUUUCCAGAGCCCAGCGGCAGGGCCUGGAGCUGCUUCCAAGUGGCUGGCUACAGCCCUGCUCAGGUGUUGCGGUGAUGCUGAGUAACUGCGGGUUAGCGCCUGGGGACCAGCUGGGCUGUAGCUCCUGGCCAUCAGGCCCCGUGCAAUGGUGCUUCCAAAAUAAAGGGUGAGAGGAAAA